GGCGGUGUCGACGGCACGCAACGCAGAGCCAGAGCACAGCCACAGCACGCAUCCGAGCGACCGCCACCGCCACUGCAGUUCAGUCGCGUCUCACAGCCUGACAGCCCCAGCAUCACCGUGCCGGCGUCCUGUUUGCUGCCCUGCACUCCGUGACGGACAACCCCUUCGACUCCAACAACACCAGAAUGGCCGCCGUACCAGCACCCGCCGGAGGCAUGGGCCUGGAGUCCGUCAACAAGAUCACGCAGCUGCCCGUCGUGGAGAGCACCAUCGGGCUGGCCUCGGACAUGUACAAGAAGGUCAAGGACUCCAACUCCGUGGUGUCCGCGGCGCUCGGCGCGGCCGAGAGCACUGCCCAGAGCGCGGUGAACAAGGCCGUGGAAGUGGGGCGGCCCGUGGCGGCGCGCCUGCAGGGCCCUAUCCAGCGCGUGGACUCGGCGCUCUGCACCGGCAUCGACUUCGUGGAGAGCAAGGUGCCCGCCGUCAAGCUGCCGCCCAAGGAGAUGUACGACCGCGUCAUGGGGGCCGUGUGCUCAGUGUGCGGCUACGGCAUGCAGAAGAUCAACGAGGUCGGCCAGCUCAUCGGCAAGACCGCGUCCGCAGCCACCGGCGGUGACGGCACGGCGCGCGCGCAGUGCCCCCAGUGCGCGCAGGCGCAGGCCGAACGCGAGAAGAGGAUCGUCCCCGUCAAGGUGGACUGAAGCGCCCAGGACGUCGAGGCCAAGCCCUUGGCGAAGCCGCGCCGCCACCCGCACUGAGAUUGUACAUAAUUUUAUUGUUAAGGUUUAUCAUUACGAGCGGCUCCACUGUGUGGAGCUGCAGCAGUGGCCACUUUGCUAGAUUUUAAGGAUUAUUUUUUUACUUGAGUUUCUGAAGCCCUUGUAUGUUUCCCAGUCGUUAGUGAUUAUGAUAGAGGUGCCAUGUUUGUAAGUUAUUUAAAUAUAUGAAUUUUAAUGCUA